CCUGUGUACAGUAGUGGCAACAUGGUGCAGCGAAGACGAUGGCGAGCGGCUCUGGGCGUGGCCGCGGCGCUGGUCCUGCCGCCCUGCCUCGGCUUUAGAACGACGGCUACCACCGCGAGUCUCGGAUGCCGCAGUAAUCGCGACAGCAGCCGUCAUGGCCGGGCUGGGGUACAUAGCAGGGCCGUGAUUACACAGCUGAGAGCGAAAAAGCGAGACAAGGAGGACCUCAUGGAGAAGAUUCUCCCUCUCAUCGAGUCGGUCACGACCUCGAGGGAGAUGGUGCCGUCGGAUCUGACCCGUGGGUAUGACGGUUUUGUUUUCCCUGGGCCGUUGUCGCAAAGCGAGAGGAUAGGCCGCACGCUGGCAUUCUGGGGAAGCAUGGGUCGCAUUCUGGUGAGGUACUACCUGCAGGAGCGGAAUCAGGGGGCAACCGAGGAGCAGUGGCAGGACCUUCAUAACUGGGGAAGCAAGCUGGUGACAGACACUAUCACAGACCUCAGAGGAUACUACGUUAAGACGGGGCAGGUGCUAUCGACGAGGGUAGAUCUUUUCCCGGAGCAGUACACGUCCAAGCUUCAGAGCCUACAGGAUUCUGUAGAGCCAAUUCCGACGGAACUGGUGAAGGCGCUCAUCUCACAGGAGCUUUUGGAGGGAGAGCCGCUAGAAACGCUGUUCAGCGCGUUCGACGAGGUGCCCUUGGGAUCGGCGUCGAUUGCCCAGGUGCACAAGGCUGUGCUCAGGGAUGGCCGCACCGUGGCGGUUAAGGUACAAAGACCGGCAGAGGAGCCCAAGCUGCGGGCAGACGUGGCUAACCUUAAGGCCUUCGCCGGGAGGUUUAGAGAAGUUCUUCCGGCGGAUUACUACCCGGUGUUUUGCGAGCUGGAGAGGGUGCUGGAUAGCGAGCUAGACUUUCGAGCUGAGGCUCAGGCGAUGGAGAAGAUCGCGGCGGGGGUGGCCCACUCGGUGGAUGGGAGCAGAGCCCGCCCUCCGAUAGUGGUGCCUAGACCGGUGCCGGGGCUUUGCAGUGGGAGGGUCUUGGUCAUGGAGUACGUGCAGGGGAUGGCUCUCAACAGGCUAGCCGAACGGCUGACCGAGUUGGGGCUGGUGGAGACUUCUCCGGAGGCUAGGGUUUUCGGAAAACGACUCCUGACGUCACUGACCGAGGCCUUCGGGCGGAUGAUAUUCGGGGCGGGUUUCGUUCAUGGCGAUCCCCAUCCAGGCAAUAUUUUCAUCAUGGACGGUGGUCAGGUGGCGCUCAUCGACUGCGGCCAGGUCAAGCAAAUCUCCAUCACCCAAAAGCUGAGACUGGCCAACCUCAUCUGCAAGCUGGAGCAGUGGAACAAGCCCAACGGGCCUACCUGCGCCGAAAUCGCCAAAGAUGUAAAGGAUUUCGGGGUGGAGGUUGCUGAGGGUGCGGGAGACGAGGCCCUAACCGCUACAGCGAUCCUUCUCUUCGGACCGGGAGGAAUGGAACUCCCUGGUGGCUACGACACCAACGAGAUGAGCAGCACCUCUCCUUUGAAACAGCUCAAGGCGUUCCCGCAAGAGCUAGUGCUCAUGGGACGUGCCACGGUAAUGAUCAAGGGGAUCGCCGCGGCGCUUGGGCUCAAGUGGAAUCUCGCGGCGAGGUGGGAACCGGCCGCUAGGCAGGCAAUAGAGUGUGGGGACGAGGGGUGUGCCGUACCCGUGUACGCCAUGACGCCCCCCCCGGUGGGGGGGUCGAAAGGGAUAGUGAGACCCAGCUUCAAGGAGGUUCGGGGGUCUAUUUGGAGAGCGCAGAACACGGCGAAGAGCUGGUUGAUAGCCAAGUCGGGAGAGGCCGUGCCUCCAAAGGUGAAACGAGGGGUGAUCUCGUGGGCGGCCAGCAUGGCCAUCAACCCAGAGGACCAAGUCGAGGAGGGGGAAGAGGACAUCGACGGCGAUGACGACGAAGGGAGCGCGCAGCACCACACCGGUUCACAAUAGCGAUAGUUUUUCGAAACGAAGGAGCACGCAAUUUGGUCUUCUGCAAGGGUAGUUCUUGGGACAUUUAGAAAAAAUUGAACGCCCCCCCCCUCUGAUUAUCGAGGAGCGUCUUACGGAGGCUUGCACUAUGGAGGUCGUCGAUGGUGCAGACGUAAAAGGACGUUUGUGCUAUUUAGUCAUAGAAGGCGUGCCCUCUGCUUCCCCCUUCCCCUCACGUCUCGUAGUGACGCUGGCCUGCUACAGUCUGGAGACGGGAGCCGCGCGUUUUGUAGCAGGAUGGACAAGCGUGGUGCCUGGAGCAUGUUGUAUAUGGGCGGGUGUGUAUUCUCCACGCCAAGUCACAGACGACACCACGCCACAAGCACCCCCCACAUUGUAAACUCUUGGAGGCGACUACUAUUAUCGUUGCUAGCAGAAUUUCCAGGGUUUCGCUACCCCUUGGGAAAGGUUUCCAAUUUGGUUGCGUUUUGCGACAGCCCAACGGGGUGUACAGUUUUUUCCCAUCACCACCGCCAAUUUUCCGUCUGAAUGGUCAUGAUAAAAAAGGGUUAGACUUUGUCUACAAUAAAUAGCUCGGAUAUCUUUUUCCUGUGCGUUGCUGGCACCCGCGCAAGACUCGGGCAAGCUCCCGUGGGCUUCUGUGCGAGAGGGGCGGAUUGAUAUGGAUAUGGGUGCGCGGGUCGUAGUCGUGCUGGACAGCAAGUGGGAGAGGGAGGAUAUCAGUACCUUAUCCGCUAAGCCUUACAUGUAGUCGGCCGACGUACCCGUCUCUUCAGCGGACGGCCAUAUUGUUGAAGCGAUGCGAUGUGCUUAUCCCGGUUUGGCUUUGUUGGGCAAGGCGUUGCGUGCGUGCCCCCCAACGCGGACUUUCUUUCUGCCGCUGUCGACGUCUUUUCGAUCAGUGUUUUCUGGGUUCGAUCGGGGAACAAUGCAUCGGGAAGAAUACUUGGCCCAACCGCCCAGGUCAACAAUGCACUACUACCCAUCAGGGAUGAUGCCUACGCCUUGUGUCGUAUUAUGGCAUGUGCGGACUGCGUCGUUUGUAUGGCUGCGUCGUUUAUGUUGCAGGUGGGCUGGUAUGUAUAUAGAAGUGGGCCAACGGCGGAAGGUUGUUAAGUUAUUUGGCGGGAGAUGAGAAGCCUUUUCGUGUGCGUGCAUUUGGAAUUAGCGUAGCCGUCCCAGCUCUUUUUUUCACGACGGGCUUGUUGGAAUUAUCCUUAGCGUAGCGGUGGAAUACUGUAAUCUCACAGCAAUGGUUCAGACAAGCUACCCCGUUGGGAUUAUCUCACAGCAGUGGUUCAGACAAGCUACCCCGUCGGGAUGAGAGUCGAACCCGUCGGUUUGAGUUGCAACAUCAGGCCAGUCGUUCGGAAGACAGAUAAGUGUUAGUAACAAUGAUGGCCAACGUGGCACGGACAUUGAAGUUUACUCUUUCCACUGCUGCGCCGCUGCUAUCGUUUAGUAAUGGCACACGGAGGCGUUCUUAUUCCUUCUUAGAAUAUCGUUCUUGUUCCUUCUCACAAUGUAGGAAGAAGCGAAGAAGUUGCCGAACAACCGCAGAUCCUUGG